UGUUUAUCUGAUAUUUGUAUAGUAUUUUAGACUACAAUAUACAKUACUAUACUGUCAUAACACUUGUUUGAAUUAUUAUAUGAUAUAAUAAAUUUAUAAUUAAAUUAAUAUUUGUUAUACACAUUGAAUACAACAACUGAUCAAAUUUGAACUAACUAUUGAUAAAUGGCUUACUAUAAGAUGCCGGACCAACAAUGGCUAUGGAAUGUCUUCCAACGGGUGGACACCGAUCGGUCGGAUGCUAUCAAUGCCAACGAACUGCAAUCGGCUCUCUCUAACGGCACGUGGAAGCCGUUCAAUCCCGAAACGGUGCGCCUAAUGAUAGGUAUGUUUGAUAAGGACAACUCGGGAACCAUUAACUUUGAAGARUUUGCACAACUGUGGCGUUAUGUCAACGAUUGGCUCAACUGUUUCCGAUCCUUCGACAGAGACAAUUCGGGUUCCAUUGAUCAGAACGAACUAAAACAAGCGCUGACCACUUUUGGCUAUCGGCUAACUGACCAGUUUUACAACAUUUUGAUGCGUAAGUUUGACAGAGAGACCAAAGGAUCCAUCAAUUUUGACGACUUUAUACAACUGUGCGUUCAAUUGCAAUCACUAACCAGUGCUUUCCGAGUGCACGACCAGGACAUGGAUGGCUGGAUCAACAUCUCAUACGAACAGUUUCUGACACUUGUGUUCAAUAUUUAAAUCGAUAAAUACAAUUAAAAAAUCAACUUUUGUCUAAAUCAAUGCAUGCAAUGAUAUUUUGACACCGAUUUUGUUUUGGUCGAAAAGUGCACUUUUAUUUUAAUUUAUUAAUUAAUAACAAAUUGAUAAUAAAAAUAAUUUAAAAUU